AUGUUUCGAAAUUGCACUCGAUUGAGCGCCAGAGCUCGCGAUUGUUUCUAUAUGAGCAGGAGAAGUCUUUCUCAAGGCUCGGGAGGCAGUUCCAGGUCUCCAUCGUUGUUUGCGUUGCUUGCAACCUGUGUUUUCAGCGCUUCGGCAGGCUACGCCGGACAUUACUAUACUAAAAGUCAAGAUUUUGCGUCAACAACUUCCCUGGACUCUUUGAAAUCACCAACAUAUGCUUCCAGCAAGUCUGUGGCCGAGGCAAUCGAUAAAAUCAGACAAAUUGUCGGACCAGACAGUAUUACCACUUCCCCGGGAGAAAUCGACUACCAUUCGAAAGAUCCAUCGAAUUUUGUUCGUCCUAAACCGGAUGAGCAUCCCAAUUGCGUUGUUUACCCGACUUCCGUCGAGCAGGUGUCUGAAAUACUCAAAAUAUGUCACGAAUACUCCGUGCCUGUGAUACCUUUCUCUGGUGGAACAUCUAUAGAGGGACAUUAUAUUCCGACCAGACAAGGUGUUUCGCUGGAUCUGGGAAGGAUGAACAAGAUUUUGAGACUGCACGAGGAGGAUCUCGAUGUUGUUGUGCAGCCUGGAGUUGAUUGGAUGGAAUUGAACGAGUACCUUAGUCCGUAUGGACUCAUGUUUGGGCCGGACCCGGGACCAGGAGCCAUGAUUGGCGGUAUUCUGGCUACAAAUGCGUCAGGAACUAAUGCUGUUAAGUACGGUGCUGCAAAGGAUAACGUUCUGUCGCUCACUGUCGUGUUGGCAGACGGUACAAUAGUCAAGACUAAAAAUCGUCCUCGAAAGUCCUCGAACGGCUACAAUUUGACCAAUCUGUUCAUUGGAUCCGAGGGCACGCUCGGUGUGAUUGUAGAAGCCACGCUGAAGCUUCAUUUCAAGCCGCAAAAUGAGGUUAUUGCAACCAUCAAUUUUAAAGAAAUUGGGAAUGCCACCAAAACGGUGACCGAUCUGUUUAGAAUGGGAAUCAGCUGCAAUGCGGUGGAGUUCAUGGACGACAAACAGAUGCGUGCAGUUUGUGAGAUGGGAGCUGGCUCAAGCGACGAUUGGGCUCCUGACCAUAUGCUCUUACUCAAGGUUGGUGCAACUAGUAAGGAGUCUCUUAAGGAGCUGGUGGCAUCGAUCAACAGCGUUGCCAAAAAGAACCAUGGAUUCAAUAUCGGUAUUGCUAGUGACGAAGAGGACAAAGAGCGGAUCUGGACUGUGCGGAAAACGUUGCUGUGGAACUCGUUGCAAUGGGCUAGGAAAGUCAAGCCAAAUGCCACCAUUCUUCCCACCGACGUCUGUGUUCCUGUUUCGAGACUUCCGGAGCUGAUUACACGGACUAUGACCAAACUAGAAGCGGCAGAUUUGCUGGCUACGGCAGCAGGACACGCGGGUGACGGUAAUCUACAUGUUCUAGUGAUCUUUGAUCCUGAGCAAAAAAAAGUGGCCCACGAGCUGAUAAACGAGAUGUCGAAACUGGCAAUCGAGCUAGAAGGUACCGUUUCCGGUGAACAUGGAAUUGGGGUCAGUGAUAAGCGGGAGCUCUUGGUUGAGGAGCUGGGUGUUGACACCAUUGAUUUGAUGAGAUCGAUCAAAUAUGCACUGGACAAAAAGGCCAUUUUAAAUCCUGACCAUAUAUUCAAAAUCGACCCAUCGGAAAACAGAAACCCUUCAGAUGACUGA